AUGCCGGGUGGAUCGAUGAAGCAUGGUGAAUCCCCUGGGAUGGGAAAGUCUUCUUCGCGGGAUUGGAUGGGUGUUGGCCAAUGGGAACACUUGCUGGGGCAUGAGUACCAAUGCAAAAGAAGGCAAGACAACGAUGGGAUAACCGAUGGCUCCACUGACCACUCAGGUUUGGGGUUCGGAAUCGUUGCUGUGGUGUUUUCGGACAGACCCGUGAGCCAGAAGUGGAGCGGAUGCCUACCCUACGAUGUUCUGGGAUCACCUGCCAAAGCUGUUCGGGCACGAUCCAAGAGGAAAAAGACUCACAGCAGUGGUUUGGCAAGAACUGAGAAGUCAGGGUAUGGAUGGACACAGCUGUUGUAA